AUGGAUUGGAAGGAUGUGUUCCUGUUUGUUUUUCUCUGGAAUGCCAACAAUAUUUUAUACAUCCUGCCAAUGGGCUAUUUCCUGGUGUUGUGGUUCAUCUCUCGAGGCUACGAUUACGUGAAUCACCUUGUUGACCAACAUAUCAGAGCACCAGUGGUAGAUCUGGAAGAACUGCAGCGCUUAUGGUCGUUCCACUCGGUUCUUUCUAAAGCGGUUCUGAGAGUUAAUAGGAUAUACGGCCCGCAGAUGCUGGCUAUCAGGUUCGACACCUUCAUUUUCGGCGUAAUCCAAGCCUAUUGGGGCAUAUUCUUCUCAUUUGGCGCCAAAGUACCUAAAGCAUGGCUGGUCUACGGAUCCUUCUCCUACAUUUUCCGCCUCGUGGAUGGUUUUCUCGUCGACUACAUGAGUGAGUUACUGGUGAAGUACCAAAAAUCGACCAAGAACUCCUGGAGCGAAACUAAUUGGAGGAGGGAGACUAGCGACUUUGUGAUCUACUCCAAUAGCUCUAAGCUGGAGCUCUGGACCUGCGGACUCUACAAGAAUAACCGAAGCCUGUGGCUCCAGAUGACUUUCAGCGUCUUUAACUAUUUUCUGGUGCUUCUUCAGUUCCACUUGGUGCUGGGGAAAUCGAGUCUUUAG